AAAAGAAAUGAAUGAUCGUAACAAGGCACUGUCACAUCUUCAAAUACCAGGCUUAGGACUUCCUUUACGGUAUAUGCCGCCCAGUGACCAGAGAUUUCCAGUCUUGAUAGGAGCUGAAGGCUACGACUGGAAAGCUGCAACACUUCUGAUCCGAGAAGUUUGCAUGUUGAAGUUUGUGGAGGAAAUAACAAACAAAGCUCAGUGGUGGGAAAAGGUUUUUGAUUCUCAGAUUGCCGAAAAAUGGAAACAAGAGGCGCUGCAAAUGAAUUGGAAAGAAUAUCGAGAUUACGCAGAUUUCACUCCCGCCAUGGCUGACGCCUGCAUCAACGAAUUGCGCAUCAAAGCGGAUUUGUUUACAAAAACUGGACUGAUUCCCAUCUUCGACUAUUCUUCUUGUGUCAUCAAAUCCGAUAGCCUCGUCCCCGACAGCUUACGAAAUGCUCUUCGCUCGGAAGCUGCAAAGCUUGAAAACGUUCCUGAUGAAGAAAGAGACUGGCAUCCGGGAACCACCCGUAAGGUUCUCGAUCUAGUACACCCCUCUCUAUGGCCCUUCAUCUAUGGCCGUACUCCCGUGCUACUUGACAAAAGGAUUAAUCUUACGAACGCUUUGAGCUAUUGUGGGGUUGGAACUAUUCUACCGGCUCCAAGACCAAUCGAAAUAGCCAAUCCUGAGCAGUCUAUGUAUUCAAGGCGUUAUGAGCUAUCCAUGCCUUCUCUUUCAGGCAGAUUUCAAUGGCUGCCAUGCGAAGUUGUUCUUGAUGGCCAGUCUGCCAAAAUCGACAGCUAUAUCAACAACUUGCAUCCAGUGGACCAUGCAAGUCUGUACCCCAUCAUUGAACGCUUCAUUGAGAAGUCAUUACCAGCAUGGGAUGUCGUAUACCGAUGGCCUAAAGAGUUUGAAACCCAGCGCUUGAAAACAAAAGAGGCACGCGAAGAGUGUACAACUCCUGAAAUUUGUCAGCAAUAUUACAAUUGCAAUCCGUGGAAUCGUCCACUUGACGAAGGCGAGCCACGGCGCGAUGAUACUGAAGCUUAUACUGGAGAGUAUCGGGACACUGAACGUUUCAAGCGCGAUAUGGAGUGGAUGAGUGAAACGCACAAGCUCAAUCUGCCAGAACCCGAGCCUAGCGACGAUGGCCAUGUUCGGUUGAAGGCAUCUGAUGUCAAAUCCAGCGAUUUCUUCAACGGAGCAUCUCGAAUCCAAGUCAUUGUCAAGUUGGCUAAUGUUCAUCUCAAUCCCGAAGACCCUGAUUAUAAAUUUGAAUUUGAAGGUGGAUCGUGGCAUACAGAGGGAAUGCUAAAUGAGCGUAUCUGCGCAACCGCGCUUUUCUACUACGACUCUGAAAACAUCACCGACUGUCAUCUUGACUUUCGUACGCCUGCCGAUCGCGAGGAGCUUGUGGUCAAUCUCAACUACGAGCAAAGCCAACAUUUUCCAAUUGAACGCACAUUUGCUAUCCCAAAUGCCUACCGCGACACUUUGCAAAGCAUUGGCGGCGUUCUCACCACGAAUAGCCCUUCCACAGGAGAUGCCGAUACUCGCGCUGUUUUCUUUCCGAAUCUUCUGCAACAUCGUGUAUCUCCAUUUCGCCUCAAGGACCCAACAAGGCCGGGCCACCGCAAGAUUCUGGCUCUAUUCCUUGUGGAUCCGGCGAUUCCUGUCAUUUCCACAGCCAUUGUACCGCCACAGCAGCGAGAGUGGUGGUCUCGUGAAUCUGGUGCUGAGCAGGCUAUUGCUCACAGACUACCGAAUGAGCUGGCCCAUGCCAUUCUUGAAGAUUCGGGACUUCCAAUCAGCUUGAAUGAAGCCAAAAGCAUCCGGUUGGACCUAAUGGAAGAAAGAUCAGCGAAAAAAGACGAUAUGGACGAAGAGCUGCAGCGCAAUACCUGGAACUUUUGUGAACAUUGAGGACGGACAAACCAUUCUUAAAGAAGAGUUCAACUGUGCAUCUUUG